GCCGCUGCUUCUUCUUCCUCUUCGCUUUGGAGCAGCCUGCCGCUUGAAGCAUGAACUUGAACUGUUAAUCAUCUAUCUCCAUUUGAUUCCAUUUUCCAAUUCCAUUCUCAAAAUGCCAAUCACUGCUAUGAAUUUCCCUUCUUCUUUGACUGCACACAUCUCUCUCCUCGCCGUCCUCUCCGCCGCCACUGUCUACUGUUUAUACAAGUCCAGACGACUCAAACUCAUCGAGAAACACUCUCAAAAGCUUAACCCAUUUCACCCAUCAUCAAAAGGCAAGAUCUUUUUCAUCUCUGAAACCGGCACUUCAAAAACCCUAGCUCAAAGACUUACCCGUCUUCUAUCUUCAAACGGGGUUGAAUUCGAUCUCGUCGAUCCAAUCAACUAUGAACCAGAAGAUCUCCCUAAGGAGACAUUGAUUUUGAUCGUUGCUUCUACAUGGGAAAACGGAAAGCCACCACAAAACGGUGCUUUCUUAGCAAACUGGCUUGCGGAGAGUGCUGAGGAUUUCAGGGUCGGUUCUCUGCUGCUUAAGAAUUGUAGAUUCGCUGUUUUUGGUGUUGGGAGUCGGGCAUAUGGCGAUUCAUUCAAUGCUGUUUCAAGGGAUUUCUCGAAACAGAUGAGUUCGCUUGGGGCGGUUGAGUUGGUUUCUGUGGGGGAUGGAGAUGUGGAUGAGGGAGAUUUAACAGAGGUUUUUGAUGCUUGGAGUGAGAAGUUAGUUAGAGUGUUGAAAGAUGGUUCUGCUUUGCCUAAGGAGAUUGAAAAUGAAAUUGAGAAUGAGUUUAGCGAAUCAGAUUAUGAAGAUGAAUUUAGUGAUGAGAAUGAUCAGGAAUCUGAUAUUGUUGAUGUGGAGGAUAUUGCAGGCAAGGCUCCUUCAAGGAAAUCAUCCAGAUUGGUUGAAGGUGGUGAAAAGGUGAAGGGUGUGAAGGAAAUGGUGACACCAGUACUCAGAGCAAGCCUGGAGAAGCAGGGAUACAAAAUCAUUGGCUCUCAUAGUGGUGUUAAACUAUGUAGAUGGACAAAGUCACAACUAAGAGGAAGGGGUGGUUGUUACAAACAUUCUUUUUAUGGCAUAGAGAGUCACAGAUGCAUGGAGGCAACCCCAAGUUUGGCUUGUGCCAAUAAAUGUGUUUUCUGUUGGAGACAUCAUACAAAUCCUGUUGGAAAGAGUUGGACGUGGAAAAUGGAUGAUCCUUUGGAUAUUGUAAAUUCAGCAAUAGAGCUUCACAGAAAGAUGAUUAGACAAAUGAAAGGAGUUCCUGGUGUUGAACCUGAGCGGUUAUCAGAGGGUCUAUCACCUAGGCAUUGUGCCUUGUCACUUGUAGGAGAACCUAUCAUGUACCCUGAGAUUAAUGCUCUUGUUGACGAGCUUCAUCGGAAGCGAAUUUCAACUUUUCUUGUAACUAAUGCUCAGUUUCCCGACAAAAUCAAAAUGCUCAAACCUAUUACCCAGUUAUAUGUUAGUGUAGAUGCAGCAACAAAGGAUGAAUUGAAAGCUAUUGAUAGACCACUCUUUGGGGACUUCUGGGAGCGCUUCAUUGACUCAUUGACUUCCCUAAGAGAAAAGCAACAAAGAACAGUCUACCGCUUGACGCUAGUGAAAGGAUGGAAUACCGAAGAAAUUGAUGCAUAUUCUAGCCUUUUCUCUCUUGGAAAUCCCGAUUUUGUCGAAAUCAAAGGAGUUACCUAUUGUGGAUCGACUGCAACAUCUAAGUUGACAAUGGAGAAUGUUCCAUGGCACGAAGAUGUAAGAGCUUUUUCAGAGGCUUUGGCUCUAAAAAGCAACGGGGAGUAUGAAGUUGCCUGUGAGCAUGUUCAUUCUUGUUGCAUCCUUUUAGCGAAAGUAGACAAGUUUAAGGUUAAUGGUCAAUGGCAUACUUGGAUAGACUAUGAGAAGUUUCAUGAUCUGGUUGCAUCGGGAGAAUCCUUUGACAGCAAGGAUUAUAUGGUUGCUACCCCUUCUUGGGCUGUUUAUGGAGCGACGGAAGGGGGAUUUGACCCAUUGCAAGCUCGAUAUAAGAAAGAGAGGCGACAUCAUAAAUCAAGUCAGUUAUCAUGAGGUUAGUUAUGAUUUUGUCGAAGACAGUAUCACGAAGUUUAGUGUCGUUUAUUUAACUUAGUACCUAUACUUUCCUUUUUUGAGGUUGAGCAAAUUGGUUUACAAGUAGAACUGAUAUAUUUAUUGUGAUUUUAUGGUAAUUGGUUGACUCAUUUUAAACUCUUGGUUUGUUUUAUGACUUAAAAAAAUGAAUUAGAAUUGUAAUAGAAUUGAAUGUUUAUGAUUUCU